CCCCGAGGCCCUGCCCCUGCCGGGCAGCGAAUGAGGGGGCGCCGAGAGCGACCGCGAGUGAGAUAAGGGUUCCGGGGGUGCGGGUGGGGGUGCCCCGCGGCUGGGCGCUGCUGGGACCAGCGGCUGAGCGUGUCGCUACGGGCGGAAUCCGGGUUCCCGGCCGCGGCUGCCCCGAGACUGCUUCCAGUCGGCACAAACAUGGCUGCGGCCCUGCGAGCGGCGGGCGCCCUGCUCCGCGGUCCAAUGGUGUGUGGCAGCUCAAGGGCCCGUCAGCCAUGGAGGUGCCAAUCAGAAGCAGCCGCCGCCGCAGCAGCCGUCACAGAAACAGCCCAACGCGCCAGAAACCCAAAACCUCAAGUCCAACCAGGGAAGAGGAAGCCGAAAACUGGAAUAUUAAUGCUAAACAUGGGAGGCCCUGAAACCCUUGGAGAUGUUCAUGACUUCCUCCUGAGGCUCUUCUUGGACCGAGACCUCAUGACGCUUCCUAUUCAAAAUAAGCUGGCACCAAUCAUCGCCAAACGCCGAACCCCCAAAAUUCAGGAGCAGUACCGCAGGAUUGGAGGUGGAUCCCCCAUCAAGAUGUGGACGUCCCGGCAAGGAGAAGGCAUGGUGGAGCUGCUGGACGAGCUGUCCCCGCACACAGCCCCGCACAAAUACUAUAUUGGAUUCCGGUAUGUCCAUCCUUUAACAGAAGAAGCGAUUGAAGAGAUGGAGAGAGAUGGACUGGAAAGGGCGAUUGCUUUCACACAGUACCCACAGUACAGCUGUUCCACCACAGGCAGCAGCUUGAACGCCAUUUACAGAUACUAUAACAAGGUGGGAAAGAAGCCUGUGAUGAAAUGGAGCACAAUUGACAGGUGGCCCACACACCCCCUUCUCAUUCAGUGCUUUGCAGACCACAUUCUGAAAGAAUUGGACCAUUUUCCACCGGAGAAGAAAAGCGAGGUGGUCAUCCUUUUUUCCGCUCACUCACUGCCAAUGUCCGUGGUCAACAGAGGGGACCCCUAUCCUCAGGAGGUGGGCGCCACUGUCCAGAGAGUCAUGGAGAAGCUGCGUUACUCCAACCCCUACCGACUUGUCUGGCAGUCCAAGGUGGGUCCAAUGCCCUGGCUGGGUCCUCAGACAGACGAGACUAUCAAAGGGCUUUGUGAGAGGGGCUGGAAGAAUAUUCUCCUGGUGCCAAUAGCGUUCACCAGUGACCACAUUGAAACCCUGUACGAACUGGAUAUCGAGUACUCUCAGGUUCUGGCUAAUGAGUGCGGAGUUGAAAACAUCAGAAGAGCAGAGUCUCUUAAUGGAAAUCCAUUGUUCUCAAAGGCGCUGGCUGACUUGGUGCACUCACACAUCCAGUCAAACGAGCUGUGCUCCAAGCAGUUGAUUCUGAGCUGUCCACUCUGUGUCAAUCCCGUCUGCAGGGAGACUAAAUCCUUCUUUACCAACCAGCAGCUGUGACACCCACCAGAGGACCCCACGGGAUUAGGCAAAUGCCCAACCUCCAGACACGAGGACAUGGAGGAGGAUGUAUUUGGAGAUCAAAGAAGGAAGUUACAUGAGUGUAUAUAUACGGCCUCUGGGUACACAUCGUGUGAUUCCUUGAGGAACGGACUCUGAAAUCCUUACGGAGGGUUUUCUAUUUUUAUAUACCAACACAUGAAGCAUUUAUAGUCCCUCUCUCUGGGUAAAGUUACUAGUUUGGAAUGGCCGCUGGGCUAUUUAAAAAAAGAGUUUUACAAAUUUACGAGACGCACACAUUUUUAAAAUACAGAUUUUGGUUUUAUUGCCCAAAAAAACUUCCUGCAAGGAUAUUGCAAGUCCCCUCUGUGGGCUGUCAAUGUGAAUGACAUCUGUUUACAGUCUCGUGCAUCUAGUUGUUUUUUUAAGAGAACAGAAUUGAGUAAGUGAAAUAUAGAAGAGAUGUACCUGCCCUUCCCUAAGCCUGUGGGUUGCAGACCGCGCGGUCACCUACAAUGGCUGUGUUUGCCAGUGAUGUUACCAUUUUAGUGGUCAUUUUAGUGCUUGUGUGUGUAUCUCACUUUUCCUCACCAUAAAAGCAAAUCAAGGCAGACUCCAAAAGUGCCCUGAGAUCCGCCAGGCACACAAGGCUAAUAAACGUGUAGAAAUCCAGCGUUCGUCAUCGUGCCUUGGUGGGAAUCUUUGUGCCACAGGGAAGGGGGCCCUGCUGCUCCCUGUCUCCAAGGACAGCGGUGCCGCCCUGAUGGGCCGCGUCUCUCGUCUCUCAAGCUCCUCCCAGGACCCCAGGCAGCCUUUCCAUCAGCAUCUUCUUUAUCUGGGUUGAAUGUCUCCUUUGCACACAUUUGUUUGAAGAAUUAUUUUAUCAAGUCAACUGGGUUUUGUUAACUUUGAAUUCUUUCGUAAUUUAUAAUGUUUUCUUACAGAAAUUAUAUAACACACUAUAGGAAAUUUGAAAAAUAGAGAAAAGAAAAAUACCCUAAUGCAACAACUAUUCAUCAUAUUGUAUUUCAUGUCCGUUUUUUCCUGGGGAUAUUUUUAAGGCCAUUGUAACGUUGAAUUUGUGAGUGAAAAGUUGUUCUAAAAAAAUAUAGACGUAAUGUAGGAUCGGAAUUUGAUCUUCUAUCCUUGAAUUUAAAUGGAUUAAAAAAUUGCUGAUGGAUCCACAAUGAAUUCGUAAUGAUUACUUUGUCUUUCCUUGUUGCCCUAAAACUUUGUUCUUCAAAACAGCAUUUCUUUGAUUUUUUUUUU